GGCAGCACUGCCACAACAUCCUUGUUCGGUGCGACCGUCCAAACACUUCUUAAAUUUAGCCCCUCCAUCCUGGCGGGGUUGCACAUGAGAAUACGGCGUCUUGAAUUAAGGCAACCUCACGCAUCUGAGCUGUUUAAACUCCAACCAAACCCGCGACGCACAGCACGCAGUGCUGUUCGUUCUCAGUCUGUCAAUCGUGAUUAGCGAGAAAAGAGGAUAGGAUCCCUCCUUAGCACAAAGCCAUGCCGAAACAGCCAGGCCAAGUGUCAAGAGAGCAGGCAAGGGAAUUUGCCACUGAAAUGCUUGACAUGUUCGAGCGUUUCUUCGCCUUGUUUGUCGCUGAGCCAAACGAGGGAAGCGCUACAUCAUGCAGAGCCAGUGACGAUGGCGUUCAACCUCGCAUAUCCAUAGGGGAGGACGAACUUGCUUUAAUGGAUCGAUUGACGCGUGUAAGAUCCAUUAUUGAUGGCUCAACGGUGCGGGAGAUCACACCCCCCGAGUCCUCUACCCGGGCAACUGCGGCACCUAGUCUAUCAGCAUCCAUCAAAGGAACUACCUCCGGCGAUCCCAACACCAUCACUAACUUGACCACUUGGAGGGAUCCAUUGAAGUCGUUCACCACGGCUUCGCCUGAGAAGCCAUCCCGCACGAGUCCAGCCACCAUAGCGAGUUCGGUAGACUUCCCUCACUUACCCAACCUCAUCGUUCAGGGUAGUCCCGGAAAGUUCUACCGCCGCAGAGUGUUCUCUACGGAAGCUACGCAGCUCCCGAAGUCUUCACUCCGAGUCGAUGUUUCGAAUGAUAUCGACAAGUGGAUACCCUCUCACUUAUCUCACGGUAUCCAGGAUCAAUUGCGACGGAUGAUGGCCACUGCGCCCUCGAAUUCCGGCUUCGGUUCCAUAUAUGCGAUGGAAAUAGUAGGUGAAUCCACACCAAUAUUCCAUUUAUUUCUCCGAUCCACUUUGAAGUUAAUUAUCAUUAGACCAUAACAUCUCUGGUCAUACUCUUGUGAGUCUGGGCUACACAAAAAACAUGCUACAGACGAUGGAUCGCUGGAACAAAACGCAUCAACGAAAUAAGGCCGAAUUAAGGGCCAUCUGGCCAGGCGGCAUUAUCGAAGCGGUCAUCUCUUC